CUUCUCUAAAAAUCUCCGCUUCCUUUCACUAACCAACAAAAACACGAUCUCCGCUUUCAAUCCAUUUUCACGAUGUCUCCUCCCUGCGCGAGCUCCGAUCCAUCAGACAAAGACUCAGAGCCCUUCGUGGAAACAGAUCCCACCGGUAGAUACGGCCGUUACGACGAGCUACUCGGCACAGGCGCCGUCAAAAAAGUCUACAGAGCCUUUGACCAAGAAGAAGGCAUCGAAGUCGCGUGGAACCAAGUCAAGCUCAGAUGUUUCUCCGACGAUCAAGCCAUGACGGAGAGGCUCUACUCUGAGGUGAGGCUGCUCAAGAGCCUCAAGAACAGUAGCAUCAUCGCCUUGUAUAAGGUGUGGAGAGACGAGGAGAGUAAUACGUUGAACUUUAUCACUGAGAUUUGUACCUCUGGGAAUUUGAGAGAGUAUAGGAAGAAGCAUAGACACGUGUCGAUGAGAGCUUUGAAGAAGUGGUCUAAGCAGAUUCUGAAGGGAUUGGAUUAUCUUCAUACGCAUGAGCCUUGUAUUAUCCAUAGAGAUCUUAAUUGCAGCAACGUUUUCGUCAAUGGUAACAUCGGUCAGGUGAAGAUUGGUGAUCUUGGAUUAGCUGCAAUCGUGGGGAAGAGCCAUUCAGCUCACUCUGUACUCGGGACACCAGAGUUCAUGGCUCCUGAGCUAUACGAGGAGGAUUAUACUGAGAUGGUUGACAUUUACUCGUACGGGAUGUGUGUUUUGGAGCUAGUCUCUCUCGAGAUUCCGUACAGCGAGUGCGAUAGUAUAGCCAAGAUAUACAGAAAGGUGAGCAGUGGAGUCAAGCCAGAGGCUUUGAACAAAGUGAAGGAUGUGGAAGCUAAGGCAUUUAUUGAGAAGUGCAUUGGGAAACCCAAGGAGAGACCUUCUGCAGCUGAGCUUCUUCGUGACCCAUUCUUUGAUGGGAUUGUAGAUGAUGAUGAUGAUGAAAACAAUGGUAAUAAUGGAACUGGUCCUAUUGUUUCUUGA